CAGAUCGCUGGUCCCCGGCGCCAACUCGGACAGGCUGCUCAUUUAUUGCAACGGUCAAGGGCGGCUCGUGCCAGAGUAGCGCGCGCGCGCACGCACACACACGGGGAGGGGAGAAAGUUUUUUUUUGAAAAAUGAAAGGCUAGACUCUCUGCUCCGCGGUCGGGGCGUUGCACGAGGGGGUCGCGGCAGACUCAGGGCAGUAGGACGUCCCCCGGCUCUGCGCCCGCGUGGGAUGCUGCGGCGCUGGCUGCUGGGCCCCCGAAGCAGCUGCACGCCAGGCCGGCGACAAUGGCAGAGCGCCCGCCGCGGCGCGCGCCCCCCGCCCGCGCCCUCCUGCUGGCCCUGGCCGGGGCCCUGCUGGCGCCCCAUGCGGCCCGAGGGGUGAAUUUAUGGGACCAGAGAGGAGCUUAUGAAGUGGCCAGAGCCUCCCUUCUGAGCAAAGACCCUGGGAUCCCAGGACAGAAGUUCCCGGCAAAGGAUCAUCCAGAUGUGCUGACUGUGCAGCUGCAGCUGGAGAGCCGAGCACUGAUCCUAAGUCUGGAAAGGAAUGAGGGGCUCAUUGCCAAUGACUUCAUGGAGACCCAUUAUUUGCAAGAUGGUACUGAUGUCUCCUUCACGCGAAAUUACACGGACCACUGUUACUACCACGGACAUGUGCAAGGAGAUGCUGCUUCCGUGGUCAGCGUCAGCACUUGCUCUGGUCUCAGGGGACUUGUUGUGUUUGAGAAUAAAACCUACAUCAUAGAACCGAUGAAAAAUGCCACCGACAGAUACAAAUUGGUCCCCGCUGAGAACAUGAAGAAUGCCCAGGGAUUGUGUGGGUCACACCAUAACCAGUCCAGCCUCACCAUGGAUGUCUCCCCUGAACCCUCUCAAAUGUGGUCAAGAAGGCAUAAAAGAGAGACCCUUAAGAUGACCAAGUACGUGGAGCUGGUUAUUGUGGCAGACAACCGAGAGUUUCAGAGGCAAGGAAAAGAUCUGGAGAAAGUUAAGCAGCGGUUAAUAGAGAUCGCUAAUCACGUUGACAAGUUUUACAGACCACUGAACAUCCGGAUCGUGCUGGUAGGGGUGGAAGUGUGGAAUGACAUUGACAAAUGCUCUAUAAGCCAGGACCCAUUCACCAGUCUCCAUGAAUUUCUGGACUGGAGGAAGAUAAAGCUUCUACCUCGAAAAUCCCACGACAAUGCUCAACUUAUCAGUGGGGUUUAUUUCCAAGGAACCACCAUCGGCAUGGCACCCAUCAUGAGCAUGUGCACCGCAGAGCAGUCUGGAGGAGUUGUCAUGGACCAUUCAGAUAGCCCCCUUGGUGCUGCCGUGACCUUGGCACAUGAGCUGGGCCACAAUUUCGGAAUGAACCAUGACACACUGGAGAGGGGCUGCAGCUGCAGGAUGGCUGCAGAGAAAGGAGGAUGCAUCAUGAACCCUUCCACAGGGUUCCCAUUCCCCAUGGUGUUCAGCAGCUGUAGCAGGAAGGACCUGGAGGCUAGCCUAGAGAAGGGAAUGGGCGUGUGCCUCUUCAAUCUCCCAGAGGUCAAGCAGGCCUUUGGGGGCCGGAAGUGUGGAAAUGGCUAUGUGGAAGAAGGAGAAGAAUGUGACUGCGGGGAACCAGAGGAAUGUACCAAUCGCUGCUGUAACGCCACCACCUGUACUCUGAAGCCGGAUGCUGUGUGUGCACACGGGCAGUGCUGUGAAGACUGCCAGCUGAAGCCUCCGGGAACUGCAUGUAGGCCCUCCAGCAACUCCUGUGACCUCCCAGAAUUCUGCACAGGGACUGCCCCUCACUGCCCAGCCAAUGUGUACCUACAUGAUGGGCACCCGUGUCAGGGAGUGGACGGUUACUGCUACAACGGCAUCUGCCAGACCCAUGAGCAGCAGUGUGUCACGCUCUGGGGACCAGGUGCGAAACCAGCCCCUGGCAUCUGCUUUGAGAGAGUCAACUCUGCAGGAGACCCUUAUGGCAACUGUGGCAAAGACUCCAAGAGCGCCUUCGUCAAAUGUGAGAUGAGAGAUGCCAAGUGCGGAAAAAUCCAGUGUCAAGGUGGUGCCAGCCGGCCAGUCAUUGGUACCAAUGCAGUUUCCAUAGAAACAAACAUCCCACAGCAGGAAGGAGGUCGGAUUCUGUGCCGGGGGACCCAUGUGUAUUUGGGCGAUGACAUGCCAGACCCAGGGCUUGUGCUUUCGGGAACAAAGUGUGCUGAAGGAAAAAUCUGCCUCAAUCGUCAAUGUCAGAAUAUCAGUGUUUUCGGGGUUCACAAGUGUGUGAUGCAGUGCCAUGGCCGAGGGGUGUGUAACAAUAGGAAGAAUUGCCACUGUGAAGCCCACUGGGCACCUCCCUUCUGUGACAAGUUUGGCUUUGGAGGAAGCACAGAUAGUGGCCCCAUCCGGCAAGCAGAUAACCAGGGCUUGACUGUAGGAAUCCUGGUGAGCAUCCUGUGUCUGCUGGCUGCUGGAUUUGUGAUAUAUCUCAAAAGGAAGACCUUGAUGCGGCUGCUGUUCACACAUAAGAAAACCACCAUAGAAAAGCUGAGGUGUGUGCACCCUUCCCGGAUACCUAGUGGCUCUCACCUUGGCCAGGCUCACCCCACCCUCGGAAAAGGCCUACUAAUGAGCCGGUCACCACAUUCCAACACCCCUAAGGAUAGGCGGUCGCUGCAAAGCCAGACCAUCGACAUCAGCAGGCCCCUCAACACUCGAGUCAUCCCUCGUCCCCAGUCACCUCAAAGAGUGCUCCCACCUCUUCACCAGGCCCCACGUGCACCCAGUGGCCCUGCCAGGCCCCUGCCUGUCAAUCCUGCACUCAGGCAAGCCCAGGGUACCCAUAAGCCCAACCCUCCUCAGAAACCUCUGCCUGCUGAUCCACUGAGCAGGACAUCUCGGCUCACUAGUGCCUUGGUGAGGACCCCAGGGCAGCAGGAGUCUGGCCUCCAUCCAGUCCCCAGCAGACCUGCUCCCAAGCAUCAAGUGCCCAGAUCUUCCCACAAUGCCUACAUCAAGUGACAAGCAAGCCCAGACUGGUCCUCAGCAGUGAAGACAGAAGUUUGCACUAUUGUCAACUCCAGCGGAGUGAUUUUUUUUUUGUACCAACUUUCAGAAUUUUUAAAGUGUUUAAAACGCCAUUGUUUCCAGAACUUUGAGCUACUGCCGUCGGUGCUGUGCUGUGGUGCUUUGUGUCCUUGCUCAGGUACUUGUAAGUUAUUAAUUUAUGCAAAGUGUCUAUUACCGCGCAGGGCGCCGUAGCAGGCAUUUGUACCAUCACCGGGUGUUUUCGGAAGGCUCCUUGUGCUUUUCUUCUUCUGGCGGACUUGAAAUAUCCUGCUUGAUGGGAUCAAAGACAAGAUGUUUACUUUCUGUUUGAGGCCUUAUUGCAAAACAGUUCCCCAGCUUCCCAGGGCUGUGUUAUGGCACCAGACACACAGCUCAGGAGACCCCAAGUGGAACUGGAAUGGGUUUUUUGUUUUUAUUCCUUUGGAAUCCCUAUCUUGGGCUGUAGCCAGGGCCUUCAGGAAGGUUUUGGGCCUUGCAUACUGACAGGGCUUCAGGCCCUGCAACCUGAGGUUCUCAGACCACUGGUAAGAUCUAGCUCUGGCCAGCAGUUUUGGAGAAAACCUGGGGUGCAAGCAAGAAGGUUGAGGUGUGGCUACACCAGGAGAGAGACUGGAACCCUAGUUCAGGCAUACAGUUGACCUUGAGCUGGUUAGCAUGAACACCUUUGGAAGGCAAAGAAGUCUGUGGUGCUGCACAAGGCUUUGCUCCCAAAGCCAGCAGGAGCUUCUCUCUGGCUGCCCUUUUGCAGAGUGCUGGCAUGGGCAUGUUGUUUACAUUGGGAACAGUGGUGUUUCUACAAGAAAGCUACUGCCUGGGCACUGCAGACCUCUGUCUCCUACCCUGUUUAGAACUAAGCAAAUUACCACAUUGUCUUCUUGACUGAAAUACAAUGACCCUGUGUUCUGACAGAUAGAGGAGGCUUUCUAUGGGACCAUAAACAUUUUCAGAUGUGAACUAGUAACCAGAUCUAGUCGAUCAACCAUGGAGAUAAAAAUCUCUUUUUUACUACAAGGCCUGACUUACUAAAAAUUAGGCAGAAUCCAUAUGCUUGCAAAAGUCCUAACCUCGUGGAAUGCUAUUCUCAUUGUAUAGCCUGUCUUCUGUCCUUAUUAGUAGUCAUUGAACACAGAGCCCAAAGUCACCGAUCUGUUCUCUUUGGGGCAUCCUAUUCAAAACAGAGUCCCAGUCUUUCCCACACUAGGAACAUACCUGUUGAUUGUCAUACGAUGACAAAGCAAUAAGUUCCCCAAUGCUGAAGGCUCAUGAAAGGCAGGCCCAUCUGGGCAACCCUUCCAUCUCUUACUCUUUCAAUGUCUGACUGGAAAGCCACCUUUAGGAGCAGAUCUUGAUGAUGUCUCACCCUAAUGUUAUGAUAGACAUAAAAAAAAUCAUGUAAGGCAAAAUGCCAGAGGCCUUCGCUGUGUCCUGGUAGGGUGUGGGAUAACAAACUCUCUCAUUGGAAGGUAACUGACAGCAGUUCUGUAACAUCUGAGUGUAUUAGAAUCAGGCUUCUUUGGAAGGGUCACGUCAAUGGCCGGCCUAUGCCUCGAAGCAGAAGGGAAAAUACAGACUUAGAAUUUGGUUUGCUUUCCAUAAUUCAAAACUGUAUUCAGCUUUGGGAAACACAGCCUUCGCGAUGGGGGAUAAAGAAAUCCACAUCACGGAUGCAUAAAAGGACUCUCAUAGCCUGCCUCUUUUCAAGGCACAGUGACAAGAUAGCUGCCACUGGGACACGUACAGAAUUUUUGUACCUGAUGUGACACUGGCUUGUUGUAUUAAGGUCAAACUCACACAACUGGAAAAGGUACAGAACUGUGUGAGCCGUCUUUGGAGUACUCAGAGCUUUAGCUGGAGCACGUGAACCUUUUUCAGGUGGGAGUGAGAUGAGAGGAGAGCUACGAACCCAUAUUUCUUCUGUCUUUUCUGUACUUUGGUUUUAGAGGACCAGGGAGAGUAUGGUUUAAAGGAAGUUGAAACUGUGAUCUUCUGCCAUCUCUCCAGUAGCUACCAAGGGUGCUGAGGGUGCCUUCCCAGCUGAGCAAUGCUGGCUGCUUGCCUUUCCAGAGCCAUGCAUCCAUUUCUGAAUAAGAAUAUAUUUAAUCCUGAUAUUCCCUUACAGGACAGACAGACAGUAUCAUUAAAGGAAUAACUCUAAGAUAUAGUAGUUAUCAAAUAAAGCAUAUUUAGCAAUCCUCAAUUUUAAAAAAACUUGGGAACAAUAACCAGCAUUGGGGUUUAUUGAGAGUGGGUUUUUCACUCCUUUUCUACAUCCUUUAAAUGACAGAGACCAAAAUUAAUACUCAGAGUUCGAUUGCAGUCUACCUUAAAAACACACUAUAGACAUGCUUAGAGUUUGUUGAGUUUUGUGAGAGCAUCCCUGAGAAAGUCCAGUAGAGCGGUCCAGUGCCUAGACAUGAGGCAUGGCUGGAAGGUCUCAUUUCCUUCCUAUAUCAGGGAAUAGUUAUAGGUGAUAUGACUCCACUUCAUAGGCAAGUGGGAGGUGAACCUUGCACGCAUUCCACUUAAAAACUGGUCUCCUACAGUAUUCCCAAAUCUGUUUUCCCAGCACGUGGGAUCAGAUAGAGAGCAACAAUGCAGCUUUCCAUUUCAAAAUAUGCAUGCCGAGUUUGCACUCUCUGAGUGUUUCCAGCUUACACAUGUGGGAUGACAUCACAGAAACCACACAAGCAACAAAUUAAACUCUACGGGAAGAAAUACUCCUGACUGGUCUCCAAGGAGACGUUUUUAUGCCUUCUUAACUUUAUUAGGAAUUCUCAGGCUGAAGCUAUGGGUCAUUGUUCUCCAACAAAUCAAUACAACCCAUCAAUGCAUUCCCUAAGAACUUCCAAACCCUGAGCUGUGUUUGAAUGUUCUUAGGGGCCUGUAAUCCCCAUGGUGCUACAAAGAGGCUGGAGAUGGGCCAAUGAGAAGGCCUGAGCAUCCUCCUGCCUCUCAGCAGAUGUUUACUGAGCACUCUGAGCCUGCGCCACCCUGACAACUGGGAGGACAAUGGCUGGGCAGUAGGGCGCCUGCCCUUUCCUCUGAGACUCUUCAUGUUCUAAUUCUCUCAGAUCAGGCCAGCCUAGGGACACUUUGUCUACAGAUCCUCCCCCACUGUUCUCAGAUGGCCUCAGUCAGACACAAAUAACCCAGAUGAAGAGAUACCAACAGUCCCAGAAGCCCCCAGAAGCAAGAGCUGGGUGUUUUGAACAGUAUGCAAAGUGCGUGAUGAUACUGCAGAGGCCAUUUUUUCUCUCUUCCACUCAUAUUAAGAAGCUAGCCCUCCACUCCUAGUUCUGCCACACAACUUGGCAGUGGCUCCAUCACACAAGUACACAGGAAAACAUAGGCACCAAUUUACCUUCCGCUCUUGCCAAUCACAAGUGCCUUAUACUGGCCAGAUCCCAUGCCAAAUCCUCUCUCACCCAAGAAAGCCAAAUCUCUACUUUUGUCACUACUUCAAGCCAAAGUGGUAACUGCUAUAGGGUGUGGCUACCCUUCAAGGUUCACCUAUUAGACAGCACAGUCCAACCUUCUCCAGGGCCAUAGCAUAGAGCAACCCUCCAGCAUACAGCAGCCUUGAAUCUAUCCCACAGCAUAUCAACCACAGCGACCUCCCUCUUAAUGCCUUGCUCUAAUUAGAAGGUGAAGUCGGCCACAGAAAAUCUAGUUAGCACUGACUGCAAAAUGCUGUUGCUGCAACCUGAAUUUCCUACUGGCAUCUCUUGCUUUUAAACUCUGAUGAAGUAAAUGAUCCUCCCAGAUGUGUGAGCCCCAUGCUCAGAACCACUGGGCAUUGGGGACCCUUGCAGGAGACAUUUGUAUAGACAUGAAUGUACCAUUUCUGUGCCUUUUGUGGAGAACAACAUACAAGCAUAUAUACAUACUUACACAUACAUACACACAUUAGGAAAAGUAAUAGUAGUUUAUUAUCAAAACCACUGCAAGUGUUUCUCAUGAGAGAAACUAGGAAGAGAAACGCUGCAUACGAAAUUGUUGGGAUGCUCAAUAAUGCAUAGAGACUGCCAAGAGACCUAACACUCAAGAAUCCUUUUUAGCCCCUGCAAGUUGAGAGCCCUACAACCUGCCUGCCUUUCUAUACCUUCAAAGAGUAUGUUCUGUGAUAUCUGUAAUUCUCCAAAAAAAGUAACAUUUCAGUCAUUAAUUUAGCACAUUUAAAUUGAGACAGUAUCAAGUCAAAUGCUAGUUCAUCUUUCUUGGCCUGAAUAUUGUUACUUCACACAAAUCUCAUGAGGCUCCAAGGAAGGACACUUAGAACUAACAGUCCUCCUAUCUGGGCAACUUGGUAGUGGUUGGGAAGCCAACCAUGCGAAUGUGGCAACAACCAACAUAACUCUAACUGGCCAUAGGCUGCUUAGCUCCUUUCUGAUUAAUGUUACAUCUCAGUUAACCUGCACAGUCAUUCUGCAGGGCUUCAUCCUUUGAUAGUGCUUUGAUAAACUCAUGUUUUCACAUUUGUAUGUUACAUGCUGUUAUUUUUGUAUGCAUUUCUCAUAUGGGGGAUCUACAAGUAAAUACAGCCUACUAGUUCAGUAGAAAAUGUCAUUGUUAAGAAUAUUAUAUCCAAUAAACAGUAAACAGAUAAA